CGAUAUUCGUAACGCAGUAAAAGAAAAACUGGCAUAUACGUAAUGAAUAUACGCAUAGAUAUAGGGCAGGCGCGCAUAUGUACGUUGUGAUAUAUACACAUAGAUUGGGCAGCGCGGGGCAGGGUCGGGCAGGGGAUAGUUGGCAGGCGCAUUGUAGUGCAGAGAGAGGUCUUCGCGUGUAUAAUGUUUGAGAGUGAUUGUAUGGGUAUGGUGUGUGAGAUAUGCUCCUAGGGUUUGGGAAAGCAGUUAGUUACAGAAGGGCGGCUGAGGAGUAGGAGGGGCUCGAAAUAUUCGGAUCGAAUCUCACUGCUGUUGUGAGAUCUGGCUGUAUAAAACAUCGGCGUGCAAUGAGGGUUUGUUUAACACAAGUAGUUUUGAUGGUCUGUGAGAUUUCGUUCUAGUGUGUUUUGUGGGACCUUAUGUGACGGUGGGGUGUGGCCUGUGUGUUUAUGGCGCCUAAUUUUGAGUUUCAGGAAUGGUGGAGCAAGGAACGAGAGAUACACAGGGGGACCUCUGUGGUGGUGAAAAUGGAGAACCCGAAUUGGUCAAUGCUGGAAUUAGAGAGCCCUGACGACGCUAAUGCUGACAGUAAUUUCAGUGCACAAGAUAAAGUGGGGAGGGGUAAGAAUGCCAAGCAGCUCACAUGGGUUUUAUUGCUCAAAGCACACAGAGCUGCAGGCUGUGUUGCGUGGCUUGCGCAGGGGCUCUGGAGCCUGCUUGCAGCUGUGAAAAGACGGAUUUACUUAGAUAAAAGGAGUGGUAAUAGAGAGGAGGGUAACAAGAGUAGGUUCUAUAGAGUGAUCAGAGGGUUUCUCGUAUUUGCUUUGUUAAUGCUGGGGUUUGAGAUCGUGGCUUACUGGAAAGGAUGGCAUUUCAGUCGCCCCCAUUUGCAGAUUCCCACAACUUCGGCAUUGGACUUGCAGGGUCUUUUGCAUUCGGUGUAUACUACGUGGGUUUUCAUCAGGGCUAAUUAUCUUGCACCCCCUCUUCAGACUUUGGCUAAUGUUUGCAUUGUGCUGUUCCUCAUUCAGUCGUUGGAUAGGAUGAUUUUGUCGCUGGGUUGUUUGUGGAUCCGGCUUAAGAAGAUCAGGCCUGUGCCUCAGUUUGAGUUUGCGGAUGGUGAUCUAGAGCAGGGCGGAAAGUUAGAGGACUAUCCGAUGGUGCUUGUGCAGAUUCCUAUGUGCAAUGAGAUGGAGGUUUAUCAGCAAUCUAUUGCUGCAGUGUGUAACCUAGAUUGGCCAAAGGAGAGGAUGCUUGUGCAAGUUCUUGAUGACUCCGAUGAUGUAGAUGUGCAGUUGCUCAUUAAGGCAGAAGUUCAAAAGUGGCAACAGAGGGAUAUUAACAUUUUAUACAGGCACCGAGUGAUCCGCACUGGGUACAAGGCAGGGAACUUAAAGUCUGCAAUGAAUUGUGAUUAUGUGAAGGAGUAUGAGUUUGUUGCCAUUUUUGAUGCCGAUUUUCAGCCCAGUUCAGAUUUCUUGAAAAAAACUGUUCCACAUUUCAAGGGCAAUGAUGAUUUGGCACUAGUGCAAGCAAGAUGGGCCUUUGUCAACAAGGAUGAGAAUUUAUUGACAAGGUUACAGAAUAUAAACCUGUGCUUUCACUUUGAGGUGGAGCAGCAGGUUAAUGGUGUGUUCAUCAAUUUCUUUGGUUUCAAUGGUACUGCUGGUGUCUGGAGAAUCAAGGCCCUUGAGGAAUCUGGGGGAUGGUUGGAAAGAACUACUGUGGAGGACAUGGAUAUUGCUGUACGAGCUCACCUCAAUGGAUGGAAAUUCAUAUUUCUGAAUGAUGUUGAGUGCCUUUGUGAGCUUCCAGAGUCAUAUGAAGCUUACAGAAAACAACAGCAUCGGUGGCAUUCUGGUCCAAUGCAGCUAUUCCGUUUGUGUCUUCCAGAUAUAAUCCGUUCUAAUAUUGGAUUUUCAAAGAAGGCCAACUUAAUAUUCCUCUUUUUUCUGUUGCGGAAGCUUGUUCUUCCUUUCUAUUCGUUCACUCUUUUCUGCAUCAUCCUUCCAAUGACAAUGUUUUUGCCGGAAGCGGAGUUACCAGCUUGGGUCAUAUGCUAUGUACCUGCUAUCAUGUCUUUUUUGAAUAUUCUGCCUGCUCCAAGAUCAUUCCCUUUCAUUGUCCCAUAUCUUCUCUUUGAAAACACAAUGUCUGUAACUAAGUUCAAUGCUAUGAUCUCUGGACUCUUUCAACUUGGUAGUGCCUAUGAAUGGGUGGUGACAAAGAAGCUGGGUAGAUCAUCAGAAGCUGAUUUAGUUGCUUUUAUGGAAAAGGAAUCACGCCCACAAUUAGAACGUCCAAGGCAUCAGCGUGGUGUCUCAGAAUCUGGCCUUGAUGUUCUGAACAAAUUAAAUGAGCAACAGCAGAAGCAACCUUUGAAAAAGAAGGCUAAUCGGCUUUAUAGGAAGGAAUUGGCUUUAGCUUUUCUUCUUCUCACAGCUGCUGCCAGGAGCUUAUUAUCAGCCCAAGGAAUUCAUUUUUACUUUUUACUGUUUCAAGGCGUAUCAUUCCUCCUGGUUGGCUUUGAUCUGAUUGGGGAACAAGUGAGUUAAUUCCCAUUGCACAAAAAGCUCGGGCAAUUUUGUUGAGUUGCCUUGGUUUUGUGAUGUUCAUUGACCCUGGAGACCUGUUGUUAGGGGAAGAUGCAAGUCAAGCACAACUUUGAAUAAACACAGCUGCAGGUCUUGUAAUUUCAGAGUGUUGUUUUGCAUAUAUAUUAACAUGAUGGAGAUUUAUUGGCACUUGAUCAUUCCUGGCGGUAAUUGUGCUGAAGGGGUCUUUUUCAAAUAUGGUUAAGAACUUAAGAUGAAGCCAUCCACCAGCAACCUGGGGGAGUGAGAUUAUAUCAGAAUUGUCACCUAAAAUUUGUAUGCUUGUUAGAAGGCAGCAAGGUUUUUAUUGCUACAGCUACACAUCAUCAUUUAUGGUUGAUUUUUCUGCAAGAGGUGAUGCUUUCAGCAAGAUUCGGCCAUUUUUGGGAUAUUAAUUCAGUGUUCAACUCACAGUGGGAGUAUCUCUUAACCAUUGGUAAUGUCUGUAGAUUUUUGCCUUACUCCUGAUGUAUCUUAGAAUCCAGUCUGCCAGCACAAUUCUUUAUUAGCUUCCCUAUUCUUGUGAUUCUUGGUCCAUUCUUUUGUUUAAAAUUUAGAAACAUUUUUUAACAGUUGUGCGCCCUUAUCGAUAAGGUCUAGGAUGAAUGGUUGAGAUGACAAAUUUAUAUUCUGGCCCAUUUGGCAGAUAUGUAGUUAUGCUAUUUUUAUUGUUAGAUGUAAUUUAUAUUUGUAUAUCCAUUGCCCAUUUGGGGCAAACCAGGCAAAUUGACGGCAUCUCUCUGUUUUCUCUUCUGUAAUCUUUAAGAUCUCUGACAUGCAUCCGUUGUAUCAGAUCCAUUGCUCACAACUCACUAUUUAUAUGUCCAUUCUUAUUCUCA